AUGAAAAGAUUAUUUCAUAAACUAAAUUUGGACACUGAAAAAAAGAUUAUAUAUGAAUAAACUCAUAGAAAAUGUUUCUUUUAAAAAGAUUUUGUAAGAAUGUAAUGGAAUAGAUCGAAAAUUCCUAAAAUUACUACUGAAUUAAAUGUUGUUUAAAUAGUUGUUAUGGAAUCUAAAAAACAUUAAAAAAAAAUAUAAACAAUAAUGGUUCACGAAAAUAUCAUAGUUAAACAGAAAAAAGAUGUAUUUAUUAUAAUUUAUAUAGGGAUCUUUGUGUUGGAUUGAUUAUGAAAACUCUAUUUUAGAAAAUAUCCAUAGUACAUAAUAUGGUGAAGGUAUUAGACUUAUCAAAUGCUUUGAUUAAUUUGAAAUGUUUGGUGAUUUAGAGAGACUAAUGUGCGUAUUAAAGAAAUUUACUAUAUAAUUAGAAUUUCCAAAUCAUUAUCAAAUACUGAAAAAAAUUAACUCCAAUGAUAAAGCAGAGGUUAGUAUAAUAAAUUAUUAUCAAGGUUUUUAGAAUAAGAAGUAAAAAGGACAAAAAUGAUUAUUAAUGUAAAAUUUAUAAUAAGAAAUUGAUAAAUACAACAAUUGAAAUUACAUUAGAGAGAGAAUUACGAAUAUUAAGAAGGAUUAAUGAUGAAAAUAUUUAAAAAUAUAUAGAAACUUUUGAAAAUUAAGAUUAAAUUAUAAUUGUGUAAGAGUUAAUUAUAGGAGGAAAUCUGGAUCAAUAUUUAUUAAAAUGGCCUUUACUUUCAGAAGAAAAAGCAUCAAAACUAUUUUUUAAAUUAUUUAAAAGUCUAGCAUACUUACAUUCUAAAGGUGUCAUGCAUAGAGAUCUUAAACCAGAAAAUAUUGGACUUAGACUAAAUGGUAAUUUAGAUAAUCCUUGCAUAACUUCUUUUAGUUUAGCAGAUACUGUAAGGAUUACUGAUGAUUCUGAUUCUGAUGAUGAUACUCCAAAUUAUCUUUUUUAAAGAUGUGGAACACCAGGAUUCGUUGCUCCUGAAAUAUUAAAAAAUUAAGAAUAUAAUUGUAAGGUUGAUGUUUACAGUGUAGGAAUCAUUCUAUAUUAUUCUCUAACAGGAAAGAAACCAUUUGAUUCAUAAAAUUACAGAGAAAUAAUUGAAAAAAAUGAAGAAGGUAUUGUUGAUAUUUAACUUUUGAAAUUAACUAAAGAAGGGAUUCAUUUUAUGGAAAGUAUUUUAUAAUCAGAUCCUAAAGAAAGAAUUACAUCAUAAAUGGCAUUAAAUCAUGUUUGGUUUAGGAAUGAGAAAAUCUCAAAAUUAAUGGAAUUAAAAGUGAAUUCAAAGUUAAAAAAGAUUUAAUUUAAAAGUCCUUAAUACAGACAAAGCAUUUAAAAUCAAAAGAAUUUACCUCCUCUUUUGGCAAUUAAAUAAGGAUUAGAUCAAACUUAUGGAAGUCCUAGAUUAUCUCAAUUAACUAAUGGAUAAAGAAGUUCUCUCUAUACAAAUUCUACUCAUAGAAUAAGUAAUUUAAAUGUGAGUUUCAGUCCAAAAGAUAUUAAUUCAAUACCUAAAUAACAAUAUCAUAGUUUAUAUACCAAACUUAAUGAACCUUCUCCUUCUUUGCUUGCGAAUUCUUCAAGACCUUCACAAGCACUUUCAUUAUAGUAUCCAUUUAUGAAAUUAAAAAUAAAACAUAAGCUCAUAGAUGAAAAUUGA